AGAAAAAGAAGAAGAAGAAGAACAAGAAGAAGAAAAAAAAGAAGAAGAAGAAGAAAAAGAAAAAGGAAAAAGAAAAAGAAAAAGAAAAAGAAAAAGAAAAAGAAAAAGAAAAAGAAAAAGAAAAAGAAAAAGAGAAAGAAAAAGAAAAAGAGAAAGAAAAAGAAAAAGAAAAAGAAAAAGAAAAAGAAAAAGAAAAAGAAAAAGAAAAAAAAGGAAAAAUGAAAGGCCUUAGCAUAAUAAAAGCAAGUGGUUUUUUUGUUUGUAUUUUUUUUAAAAUUUAUUUAUUUAUUUUCUUUAGUGACAAUAAAAGGUUCUGACAUAUGGCCUCUAGCCAUGGGAACAAAAAUACUUAGCUUGAAAAAUCCCAUAAAAUCCUGUGUGACCAAUUUCAAUACAGAUGAAAAAAAAAUCUUCGAGAAAAUAAGCAAAUGAGCUGUUUGCAGUGCAACAAAUGCCUACAGUACUAACAUGAAUUGUGAAAUCACUGGCUGUGACUGAUCAGAGUUCAUUAAAAAUAAAUCUUGGCCCAGCAGUUUUAAUAAACGAAAUGAGCUAUCAAGCAGCAAUGAUUCGCUUUUUCUCAUGCAGAAAACUGUCUGAUUUUGCAUUUUUCACUCAGCCAAAGAACUUUUGCUGAAUUAAAACUAACGCUGGCAUACAAAAUAAAAAUUCAUGUCUCAUCUUUCUGAGGAUGAGAAGAAGAUGGGAUACAGCAUUCAAACCUUCAGAGCCAUUUCAAUUUAACUUUUUCUAAAAUUCCUUCCAUUAUUUAAGGCUUUGUGGGGAAAAAAAAUAAAAAUUGAGGCCAUAUUUUCUUCUCUGCCUGAGGAGGCAAUGCUGAGAAGGCAGGCAUAAAGGAGGGCUCUGCUCACCCUGCCAGGAACAGCGCAAGAGCUGCCAGUUCUGUGCUGCUCAGUGACGUGAACAUCAUCAUGCCCCUGAAGAUGGCUGCUAAGGGGCUCCAGCCUCUGCAUAGGGCUGAGCAAUCUGAGUGGAAGAAGCUCCUACCAAUGUUGGGCACAGGCCAGAAAGUACCAGCAUAGCCUGAACACAUUACCUUCAGCAGGGCUAUGGGUCUGAGUUGGAAUCUGAAAUUACAAUCCUGUUUUCUGGUUCAGGAAAGAGAGGAAACAGUGCCUAUGCACAGCACAUGGCUGAUAGCAUCACGUGUUUCCUCUGGAUUUUCCCCACUGUUUUCAUUUUCUUCCUCAUACGGCAGCAACAGCAAAUGAACAGCUUUGGUCCCAGAACACAAUAACAUGUCUUCAUAUUUAUGGCACAACAAAUAACACAAAACAAAUACAUCAUCUACUCAUGCUUGCAUUUUUCUGGCACUGGGACACACAACACUGUGAGUGGGCUCACUGCUACAACAGAAUUCCAGUUAUGAAAAGGAUGUUCAGAAAGCAAUAAGGGGUAUUAAUAUUUUUGCCUCUUCCUUUACCCUUCCUUCCUUCUUUCUCUAUUGCUGCUUUCCCAUAGCCCUCAAUCUUGUUGCACCCUUGAGGAGCCACAGUCCUUAUUUCUGUUGUGUUCCUCUGAUCCUGCUGUUUAGCUCAGAAAGCCAGCUCCUGAGGUUAAUACUGUUCCUGACAGCAAACAUUUAUUGGUAAAAACCCCACCAAUUGCAGGAUCUAUACUAAACUGAGCAUAUGGAACAAGCUGAAUAUCAAUGUGACAAAGAUGAAUACUUUAAGGCAGCACCAGGCAAGCUCCAAGUGCCUGUAUCAAUUUCCACUUUUGGAUAUGGUUACAGCUGAGUUCACAGGGGAGCCACAGGCAGAGGUGUGGGUAUCCUGAUCUAAAGCUCAGUGGAGUGGGUGAAAAGUCACACACUGAUUUCAGUGUGUUUUGAAUCAUGUCUGUAAGUGGAGAGAAGCAAGCACAGAGUACUCUGUGGACCUACUGUAGUGGUUCUGGAUUUUGGGGAAAUUUCUCAAAUCUAAACACAAACUGCACAAGUGCAAACUCUGAGUGCAUGCGGAAGUGAUGUCUGGAGGGUAUCGGUCACUUAUACCCUAAGGAAAGACAAGGAAAGAUAAAUGGUUUCAAUAAAGUAAUGAUAUUUACUUCUCCUUCACUGCAGCAAAACACCUUCAUGAAAGGUCCUAGAGGUUAAAUAAAUAUUCUUAGUCAAAUACUUCACAGUUAAAAUCCAGAGUUGCCCCUACCCAUGAGGUCUGAUAUAUAUAUAUUUUUCCUGGUUACCAUAACUUGUGCAGCUUUUUUGUCUUGUUGCCCCUAAUGUCUCUAAUUAAAGAGGGCCAGCAAAUGAAAUAAUAAAGCAAGACUGUUGCUUGUUAGCUGAUGUUUUAAGGCAGUUUUUCCUUACUGCAGUCUCUCACGUACAGGGUAUUGGGCAAGAACUGACCCCACAGUCUGGCAGCACACACGCAAGGGAUCAUCACGUAGCUAUUUCAAAACUUGAUUUUCUUUACUAUUUCCAUUCAUUUUCUCAUUGGUGGCAAUAUGGUGACUAAUAAAUGAGGUUAUGUCUUGGUGGAUUUGAUAGCAGCAGCCUGCUGCUAGAAUUUCUGCCCUUCAACCUAGCCAAUACAGAGGGGGUUUUUUGGCAUGCAAUCCCAUCAGUUGUGUGGCCUACUUCCUAAAAUGUUCCCCCUCAUUUUGAUUUGAUAAAGAUUCCUGCUUACCCAUUUUAUAGGCCUUAGAUGAAGGACAGUUCAGGUUUAUCAAACCAGGAGAAGAUUGCAGGGAGGAGAGAACAGCAGUAUUGUGUUUUUCCACACAACCUGUUACGGUAACAAGCACUCCCCCACAAUGUUUGUUGACAGAUGGUCAAGGCUCAGGACAAAAAAAUAAAAUGCUUUCAACCGAUGGCUGUAGCACCACUUCUGAAAUAAGUGCGAGCUCCAGGAUGCUGAGCUCAGGAGAUAAGGAAGCAGUAGGACAAGAAUUGAAUAGGGCAAAAAGGGGGAAGAACAAACGUGCAAAAUAAACUCUUGGAGCCCACAAACAUAGUAUCUCCUGGAUAGAGGAAUGAAAAAGAAGGGAAUGAUCUGGAUCAGUGACCUUCAAACAUAUUUCUCUGGGCUUAAACCACCACAGAAGCUGGGUUCCUUGCUAAGUGUGGUCAUGGAUCCUUGUAGCUGAUUGAGCACAAAUGAAAGUGUUCAAGGAUGAGACCAGCAGGAGCUCUCCCAUUAGGUGAUGUAGUUUAACAGCCCUGUUGUGUCUGUGGUAUAAUCCUUCCCUUCCCUUCCCUUCCCUUCCCUUCCCUUCCCUUCCCUUCCCUUCCCUGUUCCCCUCAUUUUGCCAGCUCAGAUAUCUAUUAAACAGGGAAAAAACACUUAUUUAAUCUGAGUUUCAAAGUAAACUAUCUGUGCUAUCACCUUGAACAUAUCCCUAUCUUCUCUCACAGCGUGGGAGUACUUGUUUACUCACUACAAAUGUUGCAGUGAUUGUAUGUGUACUUGAAAAAAAAAAAUGAAUCAAAGCAUUAAUAAUUUACCACCAAAUAACACUAGUUUUUGCAAAGCUGCAUCCACAUCCCUAAAUACUGCAUGAAAGUACAUGAUAUGUAGAUAUGUAGUUUCUAAACUGAUAUGCUGAAAGAUGAUGGUGCAAUAAGAUUCAAUAAAAUUUAGCAAAUGUUCUCUUUGUUUUCUUUUUUUUUUUAUUUUUUCUUUUUUUUUUCUCUCUUCUCCUAUGUGCAAAGUUUUCUCUCUCCUAAUAAGUUUCCCUAAAGGACAAAGUUUAGAUAUUUUCCUUUGCUGCUGAUGAAUCAUCUUGCCACUUGGAUAUACUCAGCUGAUGGAAAUUCCAGCAGAAUGAGCUCUGGAAGUCAGAGAAAAAGAGAGCACCUUAACAAGGCAACAAUGUUUUCUCAGGGAAUACUGAGGAAGAAUAUCUCAAAAUGGAAAAAGACUCUGCACCGUUCUCCUGGCCUCUCACUUUCCAGCAGGCACAGGGCUCCCCAGUACACCAAUGGCUCCGCGCGGUUCCCCGGGUGGGGACAGAAGGAGAUCGAAGGAGAUCGCGGGCUGCAACUCGUACUUUUCGAGUCCUUACUCCCACAACACCCCCAAACCCUGCCGGGAAGCGAGGCCAUUCUGCGCGGCGGUGCCCCCUGCAGCGCUCGCCGCCCGGGAGGGGGCGCCAUUGUCACGCGGCAGCGAGCGGCGGCGGCGGGCGGUCGGCGGGGCCUUCCCCGUUGUACCGGGGGUCAGCGGCACCGGACGCACCCUCGGGACUUUUUUGGGCGGGAGGCGCCGCAUGUGCUCGCCCUGUUCGGUGCACGCACAUUGCGGGUACGGCAGCACACAAACCCUACCCCCACGGGGUGUGAUGGGUUGAUCUAAAAUGAGAGGAGCUAAAGCUGAGGAGGGUCGCCGUACGCUCCAUCUUCAUCACCCCCCUCCUAUCCCCCCCUUUCC